AUGACUGAUGUAAAAAACAAAUCCAUCUUCCUUCAUGUAUGUGUGCCUGGACAAGAGGAUAAUGCAGCUGAUUAUAUUGGAGAAUUUCCAACGCUCGACCAGAUCGCCUCAGAUUUGACAUAUGUGCUUGAUAAGCUUGACGUUAAGUUCAGAAAAGUCAUCAAAUUUCAGUCAUGCAUCGUUUUUGGCGAAGGAGCCGGCGCCAACAUCUUGUGUCGGUUUGCGAUGGCUAAUCCGAACAGAAUUCUUGGAACGAUUCUAGUACAUUGCACGUCAACGACAGCAGGAAUUGUAGAGUACUGUAAGGACAAAGUUAUCAAUAUGCGCCUGGAAAAUGACAUUAUGACUGAUGGAGCAUGGGAAUAUCUCGUUACGCAUAAAUUCGGCACUGUAAGUUUUUCUUCAAAUUUAAUAGUUAACAAAAAGGAUAGACAAAUGUACGUGGAUGAACUGAAACGUACAUUGAAUCCUCGUAAUCUCAGCAAAUAUCUGCUAUCAUUCACCAAAAGGACAGACUUAUCUGGUUCUAUUGGAACAAAACUGGACAGUGUGGAUACCCUGUUAGUCUCUGGUUCAAAAGCAUCGCAUCUGCAUACAGUAUACACGACGCAGAAAAGUAUGAAUCGACGUAAAACUACACUACUGGUUGUAGACAACGUUGCUGAUGUGCUCCAGGAAGCUCCGGAUAAUAUGGCUCGUUCAUUCAUUCUUUUGUGCAAAGGAUGUGGUGUUUUAUCGGGUGUCGCAAUUCCUGGAAUGGAACGACAACGGACCCUCAGCAGGUAUUUAUUUACUCAAGGCGCCUCAUGCGAGAUCGCAAACAAACCCUUGUGA